AUGACGACGGGGCGCAAGUUGGUGGACAUCGGGGCCAACCUGACGAGCGGCCAGUUCCGUCGUGACCUGCCGCAAGUGCUGCGGAGGGCCAAGCACGCUGGCGUGGACGCGAUGAUGAUCACCGGCACCAGCGUGAGCGAGAGCCGCCGCGCCGUGCAGCUGGCGAGACAGCACGCGGCUGCGUCGGGCGUGGCGCUAUUCACGACUGUGGGGGGUGCAUCCGCACGAUGCCAAGGGCUUCGACGAGCACUCGACUAUCAACGAGAUGCGGACGCUGAUCACGGGCAAGGACGGGGACCUGGUGGUGGUUGUGGGCGAGGCGAGUACGGACUGGACUUCAACCGCGACUACAGCCCGCGAGACGCCCAGGUGAAGGCCUUCAGGGCUCAGGUAGCGCUGGCCUGCGAGCUCAAGAUGCCGCUGUUCGUGCACGAGAGAGAAGCCCACGAGGCGCUGGUGGAGGUGCUGAACCCCUUCCUGGAGAGCGCGACGCUGCCCCCGACGGUCGUGCACUGCUUCACGGGCAAAGAGGACGAGAUGCGGAAGUAUCUGAAGAUGGGCCUGUACAUUGGCCUCACAGGGUUCGUGUGCAUGGAGCCACACGGGCUUGCAACCGACGCGCCGUUCAUGUAUCCGUACAACACGGGGAGACAGAAGAAGCGCGCGAGGUGUGGGCCCAAGGAUCUUACAGCUGUCGUGCAGACGCUAGCGAGCUGCUAUGGGAUCACGGAAGGUGAGGUGGCGCGGGCUACAACGAAAAACGCAAGAUUGUUCUUUCGACUUGGGGAUCGCGUGUCAGUGACUGAGGAGAAGUAA